AUGACGCUCUAUUACACUCUUGUUUUCCUGCUUCUCGUUUUCGAAAUGGUCGUUUUCCUCGGUCUAAUCGUUCCGCUUCCAUAUACUGUCAAGAGAAAACUUUUUGCUUUCAUCUCGGAAAGUCCGAUUGUGGCAAAGCUGCAAUAUGGAUUGAGGAUUACGUUCAUUUUCAUCCUCAUCCUUUUCGUCGACAGCGUUAACCGGGUUUACCGUGUGCAGCUUGAGAUGAGUGCUUUUAGUAAGGACCCGGGGGCAGGGCUAAGGAUGAAUAGCAGAGCUGCUGCUCUAGGUGCUGAGCGCAUGGAGGUACAGGCUCGCAAGUUCUACUCUCAGCGGAACAUGUACCUUUGUGGCUUCACGUUGUUCCUCUCUCUGAUCCUCAACCGAACCUAUAUCAUGAUUGUGGAAGUCCUUCGCCUGGAGGACCGGGUCAAACUGCUUGAAGGUGACAAGAAGGCAAGCGGUAAGGACGCCGCUCGUGUUGCAGAAGCUGGCAGCGUAGGCGAAAUUGGACGCCUUAAGAAGGAGCUCGAGGCAAAGGACCGUGACAUUGAGACUCUCAAGAAGCAAGCUGAAGGUCUUCAGCGCGAGUAUCACAAUUUGGGCGAUAAGUUGUCUGACUCUGACAGCGCUCCUAAGAAAGACCGAUAA